GCCCUUCCUCCUUGCCGGCGAAGGGUCGGGCCGCGGGGGGCGACACGCCGUAGCGCAGCCGAGAGAUGCCACAUCAGAGACCCGCGUUUGGGAAGGUGUUGUUAUUCGCAUCCCUCCAGCCGGGCAGUAUAAAUAGACACAUGCUGUCCCCCCUCUGCAUCCUGGCGCUUUUGAGUCCACUUCUCCCGUUUGCGCACCUGGUGUUGCAAUGUUUGCAAACAUAGCUGGCUCCUUGCAGUGGCCAUUUGCUGCUAGAUCCGUGGGACUGUAUCAUUUCUUCCCACUGGGAGCACUGGUUGCCGAUUGACCAGCCAAAGAUGAGGACAGCAGAGGAUUCCUCUGGGACAGUCCUGCACCGGCUCAUCCAGGAGCAGCUGAGAUAUGGGAACCUUACAGAGAACCGCACGCUGCUGGCGAUUCAGCAGCAGGCCCUGCGUGGAGGAGGAAGCAGCAGCAGCCCUCGCUCUUCCCUGGAGAGCCUUACACAAGAAGAGAGCCAUAUGGUGCAGCAGUCUACCCGGCAGGAGCCCCAGGGCCAGGAGCACCACUCCGACCACAUCUACCUGGAGAACAACCUGUACCGGCUCUACCAGCCACAGCACAAAGGCGAGGAGCUGCCCACCUAUGAGGAGGCCAAGGCCCACUCCCAGUACUACGCCUCACAGCGAGGGGGACAGCAGGCUGGGGUGGCCAGCUCAGGGGCUCACACCGAGACAGGCCAGCGCAGAGCUUAUGCUGCCGACAGCAGCAGCAAGCGCCAGGACGAGUCCCUGAAGGAUCUGAAGCACGGUCACGUGAGGUCGCUGAGCGAACGCCUCAUGCAGAUGUCACUGGAGAGGAACGGAGCCAAGGCCCAGAACCACAUGAGUUCCUCCCACAGCUAUCCCCAGCUUUCGAGGCACUACCAGCUGUCUGCUCUGAGAGGCCAGCAUGCUGAGGGGAUGGAGCCACGGGGGCCCCCUCCAGAAUACCCCUACAUUAUGCCCUCCCAGGAGCCCUCGGUCAGCUACCUGGCAGAUCCCAGGCCUUGCUCCAGGGAUGGCCCAGGGUAUCAGCACCCUGAAGUCAGGGUGAUGCAGGCCCACCUGCCCCAGGCUUUCCUGCCACAGCAGGCUUCGCUGUGCCAUAGUCCACUGGGGUCUCUCACUCCAGCUGGGAUGGAGGCCUUGAUGACAGCCCAAGCUGCUUCUGCUAGUAGCCACUUGGCCCAGAUGGAGACUGUGCUGAGAGAGAAUGAGAAGCUGCUGAGAGAGAAUGAGAAGCUACGGAGGGAGCUUGAGAGCUACAGCGAGAAAGCAAGCCGCAUCCAGAAGCUGGAGACAGAGAUUCAGCGGAUCUCGGAGGACUAUGAGAACCUGAUGAAGGCUUCUUCCAAGCGAGAAGCAUUGGAGAAAACCAUGAGGAACAAGAAGGAUGGGGAGAUGCGUCGGCUUCAAGAUUUCAACCGGGAUCUGAAAGAACGAUUGGAAUCUGCAAACAAACAGCUGGCCAGCAAGAACCAGGAGAACCAAGAAGGCAACCAAGGGACUGUCGCAAAACUCCUGGCGCAAAACUACGAGCACCAGCAGGAGAAGGAGAAGCUGGAGCGGGAGAUUUUGCUGCUGCGCAGCGCCAAUGAGGACCAGCGCCGGCGGGCAGAGCUGCUGGAGCAAGCGCUGAGCAAUGCUCAGGCACGGGCUGCCAAGACCGAGGACGAGCUGAGGAAGAAGAGGGCAUACGUAGAGAAGGUGGAGAGGCUGCAGCAGGCCUUGGGCCAGCUCCAGGCUGCCUGUGAGAAGCGGGAGCAGCUGGAACUGCGUCUCCGCACCCGCCUGGAGCAGGAGCUGAAGAUGCUGCGGGCUCAGCAGAGGCAAGUGGGAGCCACAAGUGGAGGAUCCCCUGAGCUGAGUGCCCAGGUGCUCUCGGAGCAGGUGAGGGAGAAGGAGGAGAAGAUCCUAGCCCUGGAGGCGGACAUGACCAAGUGGGAGCAGAAGUACCUGGAGGAGUGCACCAUGAGGCAGUUUGCCAUGGACGCUGCUGCCACUGCUGCUGCGCAGCGGGACACCACAAUCAUCAACCACUCCCCGCGCCACUCCCCCAACAACAGCUUUGACGAGGAUCUCUUGUUGGCCAACCACAAGCACCAAGAGAUGGAGAACAGGUUAAAAGCCCUUCAUGCCCAAAUCCUGGAGAAGGAUGCAGUCAUCAAAGUCCUGCAGCAGCGCUCAAGAAAGGACCCCAGCAAGGCUCUGCAGGGCGCCCUGAGACCAGCCAAAUCUGUGCCAUCUAUCUUUGUGGCCUCUGGAGCCCAGUGCUGGCAAGGCAAUACUCACAGUGAGCGGCUGAAUGAAACUACUUCCAGAGGGAGUCCAGCAGGCAAGGCUCCCAUGGAAGAGACACCUGCCCCGCCUCCCUGCGGCCCUCUCCCCUUCCACCCCAAGCACAGCAGCAAAGAUGGGAGCACACAGACAGAUGGUGUGUCAGAGAGCAGCCUGGGCACUCAGGGCGAUGGGCCCGAACCCCAGCGCGACGGCAGCAACUGUGCAGCCAACGCUUUGGAGACCUUCGCUGCUGCCAGAACCCUCGACCUGUCGGACAUGGUAGAAAUUUUGAUUUAAGGGAGGGCGGGUUCUGGCCACCGUCCUCUCUGCCCCUGCAGGCCACGUUGGCCAUGUCGGAGGAAAGCAUCUGCUGGUGCAAGUGCCCUUCAGUUACUGGGAGUCUUGGCUGGGACUUGUUCUCCCUUGAUGGUUUUGUGGUGAGUUCAUGGAUAGAGGAGGCUAGGGGAGGGGAUGCAAGAGAGAUAAAAGCAAGUCCAUGAGCCAAGGGCUGG